AUGAGCUCACCAAGCACACAGCCCCCUGAGGCUGUCAUCUCCACUUUCUAUGACUACUAUGAUAACUACUACGAUGCUCCAAAGCCCUGCAGUAAGGAAAGCGUCAGGAGGUUCGCAGCCUCCUUCCUGCCUGCUCUCUACACCCUGGCGUUCCUGCUGGGGCUCCUGGGGAACAGCCUGGUCGUGGUGGUCCUCUUCAAGUACAAGCGGCUGAAGGGCAUGACGGACGUCUACCUGCUGAACCUUGCCAUCUCAGACCUGCUCUUCGUUCUGUCCUUGCCCUUCUGGUCUUACUUCAGCCUAGACCAGUGGGUUUUUGGAACUCCCUGGUGUAAGAUCAUUUCGUGGCUCUACCUGGUGGGGUUCUACAGUGGCAUCUUCUUCAUCAUGCUGAUGAGCAUAGACAGAUACCUGGCCAUCGUGCGGGCAGUGUUCUCCCUGAAAGCAAGGACUGCCUUCCACGGCCUCAUCACCAGCCUGGUGGUGUGGCUGGUGGCUCUCUCAGCCUCAGCUCCAGAGCUUGUGUUCAGAGAAGCUUUUCCUGAACAGAACUACACCACCUGCAAGCAGAUCUAUCCAGGCAAUUUCACAACGUGGAAACUCCUCUCCACGUUGGAAAUCAACAUCUUGGGGCUUCUCAUCCCUUCCAUAGUGAUGAUAUUUUGCUACUCUAUGAUCAUUAAAACAUUAGUUCACUGUCGAAAUGAGAAAAAGAAUAAGGCUGUGAGGAUGAUCUUUGCUGUCAUGGUUGUGUUCUUCUUCUUUUGGACUCCUUACAACAUUGUUCUUUUCCUACAACUGCUGGAGACGUUGGGAGUCCUUAGGGACUGCCAAACCAGCAGGAAUCUGGACUAUGCUUUCCAGGUAACAGAAAUCCUGGGCCUUUUCCACUGUUGCCUCAACCCAGUCAUCUACUUCUUCAUGGGGGAAAAGUUUAAGAAGUACCUGAAGAUGCUUUUCAAGAACUGGAGGCUACCUGGAGAAGCCUGCAAGCGCUGCGGUGCUCACAUCACUUACCACACCGAAUCUACCAGCUCCUUCCACACACAGUCCACAGGGGACCAAGACGCCCUGUAA